AUGCAGCUCAACAAUUUGACUCAAGAAACCUGGAGACAUGGACAACACCGUGCCUACUCCAGCGUCACUGAAAGGUUGUCUUGCUUGACUCUCCAGGAGCCGAGUGUCAGUCAUCUCUACCAGAUUCUCCCUCCUGAAGACAGAAGAUCCUACCUGCUUGAUGACUCUUUAUCCAAUUCAAUCCAGCGAGAGUCCCUGGCUGUCCCCAUGGGGCUUGAGGACAGUGCCUCCAAUGGUCAGCAGAAGCAGCAGCAGCCCGGGGCUGUCCACGAGGACCUGGAAGAGGAGGAAAUAGCGCCAACAGACGUGAAAUACCGGCUGCAGCUCCCCGAGGGGACCCCAUUACGGAGCAAGAGUUCCAGUGUACACAGCCAGGGCCACAGGCCUGGAUGGACCCCACUCAGCAAACCCCAGAGAGAGUGGUUCAAACCUGGGUGGACGGAGAACGUGACAAGUCCUGAGGACAAGCGCUCCCAUUCAGGUCACACCCAGGGCAGAACAACAACACCAAGAAGACAGCCGAGGCACUCGGAGUAUGACAGCCAGGACCAGGACACUCAAGCCCUAGUGUGGAGUCAAGCCCUCUUCCCUGGUCUAGACAAGAGCAGUCAGGGAGUCCUCCAAUCCACCCAGCAAGCGUCGAGGGAGAGGGAAAUGGUACCUGUUUGGUCCACGACCCAUUCGCAUCAGGAGAUGGGCCAGAAAAAGCAUGGGAUAGCCUUUGUGGGGACAAAGAGAACUGCCAAGUUGAAUGAAGCCACAAUGGCCAGGAUGUCCUGUCUGCCACCUCUCAAGUUCCUGGAAAAAAAAGUGAAGAGCAGGUGUCCCCCCAACACAGCUGGGAUCAUCCAAGGCAGAUUACAAUCCGAACUGACCAGCAAGCAAUUCUUCCAAGACUGGAGAGCCCAGCCCCAAGGGCGCUUUGGAAGCCAUGAAAAGCUCCUGGUGCCAUUUGAGGAUCAGGUCAAUGCGAAGGUCACAUACAUGCCCCUGUUUUCUGAAAGAGUGAAGUUUGUGAGCCCCAAAACAGCUGCAUCAAACCUGAAACAAACACAUUCUCAAAUGAAUAAGAAAAAUCAACCAGGUCAGCUCCAGAAUUUGGCCUCCCCAAAAGAACAUCUGGACGAAAGGACUGCCUGA